AUGGCGAAACGGAAGACAAAGAAGGUUCAAUUGAGCCGGGCGCAAUUGAUGCAAAAGCGCCGUGGCAAAUUGGACAAGGAGUUUUUGUGCUAUUACUGCCAACAUGAGAAGUCUGUUGCAAUAAAGAUCGAUAACCAGUCUGGCGUCGGCUUCUUAAGUUGCCGAAUCUGCGGCGUCAAGUUUUCAACUCGAGUCACCGUGCUGGAUGAGGCCGUGGAUGUGUACGCUCUGUGGAUGGACUCAUGCCGCGAGGGUCAACGCGGCGACACAGCUCCGCAGAAGAAAGGCACAGCGGACACAGUCAGCACACAGGCCCCGCUACAAAGUAAAUCUAUUGCGAAAAAAACGCAAUCGGAGCAUGAUACGCCUCGCGCCGAUAAAAACACCCCGGCCGCCGACGCCGCGACGCCAGAGGAUGCACUUCUAGAUUCUAAAGAAGAAGCCAACACCGCAAAGCCGUCUUCAAUCGAUCCGGAAUUGGCAUCAGCUGCAUUUUCCGCCAUCGGUGGCGGAAAACGCAGCAAGCGGAUCAUUGACGCUGUGGAAGAGACACACGACGAGACUGAGUACGCGGUCGGCACGCUCACGGGCGAAAACCUAUUCGAGGAUGAUUAG